AUGCUCCGCCCCCACACCUUGCUCCAGGUCCCGCCCCUCUCCGAGCACCAACGGGGGGCGGGGCUCAUGGCUGCACACGGGGGUCUGGUGGGCGGCCUCUCGCAGGGUCUCCUGUUCUUGUUGCCCUGGAAACAGCUGGGAUACGGAGGGGAGGGGGUAGACGGAAAGAGGGGGAGAGAGCGGAGCAGCGCGCGGAGGGACUGGAGGCCCCGGACCCAGAAAUCCUCCCACACCUGCCUCCUCCUGAGUACACCUGCCUCUGUCCCUUUCCUUGACUCGGCUUUCUCCUUCUCUCUAUCCCCUUGCACGCCGCCACUGCUUGGUCCCCUAAAAAGUAACUUCGCCACUUCUUCCGGCAACCCCGCCGCGCGUCACUUCCACAAGGGGCGGGGAGUGAAGGAUGACAAACUUCCGGAGGCGAAGGAAGGAAACGGGGGCCCCCAGUACGCCUGUGCUCAGUACAACCCGAACCCAGAGAUGCGUGUGUUUACACCACCACUGUUGCUGUUGCUGCAGCUCCUCCUACUUACGGAUCCCACCACAGCCUCGCUGAUCCGCAUCCCUCUUCGCCGAGUCCACCCUGGAUCCAGGACCCUGAGUCCACUGAGGGGGUGGACAAAGCCAGCAGAACAUGUCAAUUUAGAGGCCUCAUCUCCUGGGGGCAAGUCUACUUUUGUACCUCUUUCUAACUACAUGAAUGCCCAAUAUUUUGGGGAAAUUGGGCUGGGAACACCCCCUCAGAACUUCUCUGUGAUCUUCGACACUGGCUCCUCCAAUCUCUGGGUCCCGUCCAAACGAUGCCACUUCUUAAGUCUGCCCUGCUGGUUCCACCACCGCUUCAACCCCGACGCCUCCAGCUCCUUCCAGCCCAAUGGGACCAAGUUUGCUAUUCAGUAUGGAACUGGAAGACUCAGUGGUAUCCUGAGCAAGGACAAGCUGACUAUUGGGGGAGUCAAGGGUGCAUCAGUGGUGUUUGGGGAGGCCCUAUGGGAGCCCAGCCUGAUCUUCACUUUUGCCCGCUUCGAUGGGAUAUUGGGACUUGGUUUUCCCAAACUGGCUGUGAAUAGAGUUCGACCCCCGCUGGAUGUAUUGGUGGACCAGGGACUACUGGACAAGCCUGUCUUCUCCUUUUACCUCAACAGGAACUCUGAAGAGGCUGAUGGUGGAGAGCUGGUCCUAGGGGGCUCAGACCCAACACACUACAUCCCACCUCUCACUUUCCUGCCAGUGACUAUCCCCGCAUACUGGCAGAUCCACAUGGAGCGUGUGAAGGUGAGCACAGGGCUGAACCUCUGUGCCCGGGGCUGUGCCGCCAUCCUGGACACUGGUACGUCCCUCAUCACAGGACCCACUGAAGAGAUCAGGGCACUAAACUCAGCCAUUGGAGGUAUCCCCCUGUUCACCGGGCAGUACAUGAUCGAGUGCUCGAAAAUUCCAACACUUCCCCAAGUUUCCUUCCUCCUUGGAAGUGUCUGGUUUAACCUCACGGCCCAAGACUACAUCAUUCAGAUUGUUAAGCUUGGGACCCGCUUCUGCCUGUCCGGUUUCCAGGCUCUGGACGUGCCUCCACCCAUGGGCCCUUUCUGGAUCCUUGGCGACGUCUUCUUGGGGACCUACGUGGCUGUCUUUGACCGCGGGGACAAAAAAGUCAGCGCCCGAGUCGGACUGGCACGUGCCCGCCCUCGUGGGGCGGAGCAGAGUCGGGGUGGACCCACGCAAGCGCAGUUCUUCGGGUGA